GAUCCAAGCGGGGCGCGCGGCGAGCCAUGGAGGACUUGGAAAAUAAUACCACUGUCUUCUCCACCCUGAGAUCCCUCAACAACUUCAUUUCACAGCGUAUGGAGGGGGUGUCUGGGCUGGCUACACCAGGAUCAACUCAGAGCUCCUUACAGAUGCAGUACCAGCAGAGAAUGCAGCUGGAGGAGCAGGCUGGGCAGAUCCACUCCAAAUCCCAGCUGCUGCAGGUGGAACGGGAGAAGAUGCAGAUGGAGCUGAGCCACAAACGAGCUCGCAUCGAGCUGGAGAAGGCAGCCAAUACCAAUGCCAGGAACUAUGAGCGAGAGGCCGACCGUAACCAGGAGCUGCUCACACGUAUCAAGCAGUACCAGGAAAGGGAAACAGAGGCUGAAAAUAAACUGAAAGAGCAAAUGGAGAUGAACAAAUCUUACAAGAAGAGCAUGGAGACAAUGAGUAAGAAGCUGCAAGAGAAGGAGAGCAAAUUAGCCGAAGCUAAUGAAACAAUCACUGUAUUAAAAGGAAAAAUAUCAGAGCUGCAAUGGAAUAUAAUGAACCAAGAGAUGCAGAUGACAAGCCAAGACUCUCAGAAGCAGGAACUGAUGGAGCAGCUGGAUGUUGAAAAAAAGAAAUGGCAGGAGGCAAGUCAGCAAAUCCAGACACUGCAAGCAAGCCAGUCCUUACUGACAGAAUAUGAACAGAAGAUUAAGGAUCUGGAGCAGAAGCUGUCCCAGCAGGAACAUGAUGCUGUAAUUGUCAAGAACAUGAAGGCAGAACUGGCUCGUUUCCCAAAAAUGGAGCGUGAAUUGCGCCAGCUCAGGGAGGAAAACGCCUACUUCAGAUAUAUUUCACCCUUGUACACCUCUAUUGAAGUAAAACCAAGCAGUGCUCCAAAGCCCAGGGAAAUGAAAGAAAACAAUGGUUUGCUUAAAGAGGAGGUGGAAGGUCUCCAAAGAAAGCUGGAACGCUAUGAGAAAGUCCAAGCACAGCUCGUGACUGUGGAAUUGGAAAAUGAGAAACUUCUGGGAAAAUUACAAAGCUGGGAGAAACUGGAUCAGAGCACUGGCUUAAAUAUCAGGACACCUGAUGAUCUCUCAAGGCAAAUUGUGGCCCUGCAGCAGAGGGAGCUUGCCCUGAAAGAGCAGAAUUCCACCUUCAUGAACAGUGCCCGGAUGCUGGAGAAGGCCAGGCAGCAGCUGCAGGAGGAGAUCCUGUGUGUCCAGAGCCAGCUCUUGGAUGAGAAGAAGAAACGGGAGCACCAGGAAGCGCUGGUCAGGCGGCUGCAGAAACGCGUGGUGCUCCUCACCAAGGAGCGCGAUGGGAUGCGGGCGAUCCUGGAGUCCUACGACAGCGAGCUGACCCCGGCAGAGCACUCACCGCAGCUGAGCCGCCGCAUGCGCGAGGCCGAGGACAUGGUGCAGAAGCUGCACGCUCACAACACCGAGCUGGAGGCUCAGCUGUCUCAGGUUCUGGAAGAAGUGGGAAACCACAAGCAAAGAGCAGAGAUACUGGAGGUGGAGAUGAAGGUCCUGAAGUCUCAGCAGUGCACGGCUGAGCAGAGCACUGCCAUCACCAAGGAGGAGGUGGACACGCUCAGGUUGAAAAUUGAGGAGCUGGAAGCUGAGCGCAGCAAGCUGGCAGAGGAGAACAGAUCUCUGGGAAUGCAGCUGGAGAAGCUCACUCUGCAGGGUGACUACGACCCCAGCAGAACCAAAGUUGUCCAUUUCAGCAUGAACCCCAUGAGUUUGGCCAAGCAGCAGCGCAAGGAGGAGCAGCAGCAGCUGCAGGAGGAGUGCGAGCGGCUGCGGGAGCUCGUGCGGGUGCUCAAAGGAGGCGGCUCCGUCUCUGGGAGUCUGGAGGGAGUUGGGGCUUUUCAGUCCCCACAAGAAGUUGCAGAGCUGAAGAAGCAAGUGGAAAGUGCAGAACUGAAAAACCAACGCCUGAAAGAAGUUUUCCAGACCAAGAUCCAGGAGUUCCGCAAGGUGUGCUACACACUCACGGGCUACCAGAUCGACAUCACCACCGAGAACCAGUACAGGCUCAGCUCCAUCUAUGCUGAGCACCAGGGGGACUGCCUGCUUUUCAAGGCCUCCAGCUCUUCUGGUGGAAAAAUGCAACUUCUGGAAACAGAGUUCUCGCGAACCAUCCGGGAGCUCAUCGAGCUGCACCUGCUGCGCCAGGACAGCAUCCCAGCCUUCCUCAGCGCCCUCACCCUCGACCUCUUCAGCCGCCAGACCAUCGCUUAGUGCCCCCUGCCAGCUGCCAGCCAGGCUUUGGCCCUCCUGGGCAGGACACUUGAGGUAGCAAGGAAAAAUCCUCCUGUUCACCGCCCUUAAUUUGUGGUGUUGGGUUGCUUCUGUUUUACAAGGAACUCCUUCUUCCCCCUUCUUUCAUGCUGAGUGACAAAUCCCACCAAUUCCUCUGAAAAGCAUCAUUUUCAUCCUGUGAGAGGGGAAGUCUAGCUCCAUCCCAGGGCUCUCCUGUGACAGGAUCCAAUCCCUGCCUUUGAACUGGGCCAUGUGUUCAUCACUACCCAGAUUCUCAGCAUCUGUCUGGGAAUACGGUGGGAACUGCUGAUUUGAGGAGCCCCAGCAUCACCAUUCACAGCUUUUCCCAAAAGGAUUCCCUAAAUCUGAGCCCUAACAAAGAGACAAAUCUGCAUCAGGCUGGUGCUUCCUGCUGCAUGGUUGUCCUCUUCUAAUGGCAGCCAAGGGCUUGGUCCCUGAGGACAGAGACCCAGGAAAAGUCUCUUGCUCUUGCAAACAUCUCAUCACUCAGCAAGUUUGAAAUUAUUUUUAAGAUAUCAGUGACCUGAGUCUGCCAUCACUCAGGAAGCACAAGCAUUAAUGGCCAUUUGAAGCCCCUAUACCUGUGUUGACACCUCUGUGGCUCAGUCACUGCCAUGCUUUUGGUUCCUUACUGAGACUUUAGGUUAUCUUGGUUAUCUCAGGACUGUAGAAUAGUGGAAAGGAGCAGUUUGGGCUCCAUUGUGUUCAAUGCUGGUGGCUUUAGCCUGCUGCCUGCCACCACCCUGUGGGUAUGUGUUUUGGGAGGUCUCCUUCCUCCUCCCCUCCAUGGAGGUGGAGUGUCCCCAGAUGCCUGACAUUUUGUAUUAUAAUGGAUGUAGCUCUUCUGUCAUAACAAUAAAUUGU